AUGCAGAGCGCUGAACAACUGUCCCCAAACACCUUCGCAGCGGGUGCUGGACCGGGUCCCCUGGAAGGGGAAGCCUACUACCAGGGCUUACAGAAGGAUGUAGCUGCUUCUGGGGAUAGGAGCGAGAGUAACGUCCGGAACAGACACCACCACCGCCGCGGCGCUUCAGCCCGGAAGUUCGCGAACGCAGCAGAAACCAGCAGGAACGAGGAUAUACCGCGUUCGCAGCCCAUGCAACGGCAACCCGCAGCCCUACACCACGCUUCAUCCCUAAGCCUCACGCCCCUCCCCACCAUUGAGACCAUUCUGUCCUCCUCUCCCCCGACGCCAAUCUACCAUCAGUCCCCAGCCCCGACUCCGUCAUCCCAACCCCAGCCCGCCUACAAAACCAAGAUCCACAUCCCCAAGCCCCCAACCCUCCGUCGCAGACACCAAGUAGACCCCGACACGCUGGAGGAACUGCUCCGCGCAGCGGACAGGCGGGCUCAGCGCAAGUCCAGCUCCGGCGCCAACUUCACCGGCAGCCGAGAAGUAGACGUGGCCGCAGACGCAGACGUCGAGAUGCCGGACAUGCGAAAGACGGACCGCAUGCGACAGGACGCGGCAGACGCGGCAGACGCCUACCCUUCUCCGCCGCCCUCCCCUCUCCUCUCGCCGGCGGACGUGUGGUUCACACCGAAGGUGUCGUCGACGCCUGCGUUGCAGGGUGAGGCGAUGGACUGGGACUGGGGUGACGGCGGGGAGAUGGAUGAGGAUGUGGUGUACGGUGCUGCGGGAUUGGCGUUGAGUCCGAGGGCGAUGAAGGGAGCGGAGGGUAGGUGCUGUCGGUGUGGGGGAUUGGAGUUGUAUGAUAUCGCUGAGGAGAGUGAGGAUGACGGAAGCGGGGAAGAUGGAUAG